AUGGAACUGGAAAUAGUACCAUCGCCCCCCGUUCCACCAGCAAUAGCAUCCGUAGGGCUACGACUACUAGUGACGGAGGCGCCGGCAUGGGAUGAUGCUGCUGACGGGUGGACUGACCUGCGACUGGCAGCUCAAGUCACGUACCGCCCCGCCUCCUCCUCCCACCAGGUGUGCUUCACAGCGCCCUUCCCCGGCCCCUACGUGCUCUCGCUGCAUCUUCUCGUCACCAACGCCUGCCAGAUGCGCACUGCUCUCAACAGAGUUUACAACCAAGGCUACCAAAACUAUCAAGCCGUGGCCCUUCGCAAGCUGCAGGUCUCCAGCCACCAACCGUAUGAUGGCUCCCCAGACGCGCUCAGUCAUCUCCGGAAUGUGCAGGGAGAGCCUCCCCUGGUGCACGCCUGCCCUGCUGCGCUCGUCUGGCAACGAGGGCUACUGGAAGGACCAGCAGUGGCGCCCCCACGCGUGCCGCCUCAAAACCGUAGAGCCGGGCGAUGCCCUGCAUUGCUUCCACCGCAAUCAACGCAUUCUGUUCAUGGGUAG